CUUAGAAGAUGAGUGUGUUAAUGGUACGUAUCUGAUAUUAAUUAGAAUUGAGUCGAAUAUCCAACCCAACGCUUCUCUUCAACACUCUCCUCUCCCUCCUAAUUGCAAUUUAAUAAAUCCAACUCAUUCAUUCAAUCCAAAGCCAAUUGAAUGAUACACUCACACUCUUUCCAUGGAACCUCCUCUCAUCAGCGACUCCCUCUCCGAGAUUUGGCCCGGAAUGCGCAAGAGGAAGGACGCCGCCGCAGAGGACCACUGCUCCAACCUCCUCUCCUCCACCGCCACCGCCACCGCCACCGCCAACCAAUCCAAUAAUGAUUCUGGGAGCCAUAAACGGAUCAAGUUAGGGGGGUCCAGCGUUGAAAAUGAUGCUUUGAAAGCUGAGGCAGAAGCAAGUUCCGCAGGGGGUAACAAGUCGAGUGAACAAAGCACUAAACCUUCUUCUGAGGCACCGAAGCAAGACUAUAUUCAUGUGAGAGCUAGAAGGGGCCAAGCUACCGAUAGCCACAGUCUAGCAGAAAGAGCAAGAAGAGAAAAAAUCAGUGAGAGGAUGAAAAUUCUUCAGGAUUUGGUGCCAGGGUGUAACAAGGUAAUUGGUAAAGCACUUGUCUUGGAUGAGAUAAUCAAUUACAUCCAAUCGCUGCAGCGUCAGGUUGAGUUCCUUUCGCUGAAGCUUGAAGCAGUUAAUUCAAGAAUGAACAUGAACCCUACUUUUGAUGGGUUUCCUUCAAAAGAUUUGGCAAAGCUCAAUUGAAGUCAAGUUGGUUUGGAACAAAAAGAGAGGAAGUGAAGAAAAGAAAGGAAUUGAGGGAGAAAGGCAGAAUCAAUAUUGAGCAGGGAAAGGAAUAGAUCAGAAUGGGAAAACUGAAUAAUGAUGUCCAAUUCAUUCUCAAAUUCAAGGCUUGGUAUCCAGAUCUUGCUGCACGACAAUUGAUAAAUUGGCAAAACCAGCUUGAUUAUCAAGCAAUCUAAUAACUCGAUUAUCGUCAUAUCUUCCUCAAAAUAUCUGAAGGCUUAUCAGUAGAAGGAAAGGAUUGAGUUAGCAUAUUGUUUCCCUGAUCUUGUCUCCGAUUUUAAUUUAACAUCUAUUUUAGAUGGAACAACAUUCUGUAGGUCAGCCUUCUCGGAGAGGACAAAAGGUUGAAGCUUUGAACUACAUCUUGUAAAAGUGUAUAAGAUUUUUAGAAGCUCCAAACUGGUAUGGAUAAAUUUUUUCCUUUGGGUAGAAGUGCAUUGGAAUGUGCAAAAGUGCAUUGGAUUGGGACUCGCAAAUAUGAUGUAUGUGGCAAGAUAGGCUAAAUCAUCUGAAAUUCACUCUGGCAAAACCCAAAUUAGCUCUAUAUAAAUUUGAUUUGAAUCUUUGGAGGGAAUGUGACCAUAUUUUCCAUCAGAUUUAGAGUUUAAUCAUACUUUUCAUUGUGAUCAUAUGGAUUGUAAUUGUUGUUAUCGGUGCAGCAAGCAUGAUCAUUAGUUAAAACUAGUGGGAACUUGAUAUGUUUGACCUCACAUAGUUCAGGUAGAGCGGCUAGCAGCUUGAUUUCAAAUUUUUGUUCUCAUUAUGGGUGUAACGUCUUGAAACCUUAUUACCAUAAUAUUUAUUCUGUGUGGCACUUUAAUAUGGAUAGGUCAUGAGGUAAUGAAUCCAAAAUAGGAGACGAUCUAAAUUAAUGUUCAUGACAUUAAAAAUGCUCAAAAUAUUCUUCAAGGAAGCUUCGAGAAGUAAAAGUAACAUCGUCUUUUAGUUGUGGAUGUCCAAAAGCUUGGAAGCGGUAUGCAGACUGCUGAGAAGUGUAGUCGCUUAAGUUAAAUCCACCAAAUGGAUAUCCAAAUGGAUAUGGGGGUGUGCCUUUGAUAUUGCCCAGGAUGGGUGUUGGUUGAUGCGAAGGAUAGCCUUAGGAUAUUAUUACCAAAUUACGCGCACACACACAUUAGUCUAAACACAAUUCUUUGUGGAAAAUGACUUGAUAAUUAGUCUGUUUGGAUAUAAUUUAAAAGAACUUUUGAGAACUUUUUUACUAGAAAUAAAGACUAUUUUUCAGUAUAGAAGUUCUUAAAAAUCUUUCCAGGCUUGUAUUCAAACGUGCUAUAUGAUAUAAAUUGUAAGCUAGUACUAGUGCCCAAUGAGUUCCAACUUCCAAGCACUAUCCCUAAUGAACCUUCAAUCUUACCAUUUUAAAGGAGCAGUUGCAGUUUUCUAUCAAAGAUAAAUAUUGUCAAUUGGAACUGUAUUUUCUUGUGCCUUGCUAUCUUUACCAAAUUAGUUAGACCUAAAACAUUUUUCCUAAUGAAUAUAGUUUUUGUAGGACUGUUUGUUGGCAUAUAUAUCAUGAUCUUGAUCAGUUG